CUUUCUCAUAUUUUCAAAUCAACAGAAUCUUUCCACUCUCUCUCUCUCUCUCUCUCUCUCUCUUUCUCUCUCUCCAGUGAGAGAGAAUAAACACUAGCUCUGGGCCUUCUCUCUCUCACAAGUCACAAGUAGUCAUGAAGUGACCAAGCCUUUCCAAGAAUCAAAUUGCACAAACCCACGCCAUGCAUUGGCUAGAUUACAUUCUGGGUGAACCAAAGCUUUGCUCUUUGUGUAUUUCAAUGCCAGUUCUGUUCUGAAAGGAAAACACAGGUUUAGUCUAGCUACCAGGUAUUCGACAAAAUGUCUAGGCCAUAUGCUGAGCAACCUCCACCACCACCACCACCACCACCACAAGCCUUUGUGCUACAGGGCAGCGACGCCAGCACUUACUCCCCCCACGGCUCGAUUGGUGCAGUGGUUGGUGUGCUUGUAAUGGUCGUAAUCCUCGCCGUAGUUGCUGUCGUAAUCGGACGGCUCUGCUCCGGCAAGACUAUCAUGGGCUACGGCCAUUUCGAUAUGGAGAGCUGGGCCGAGACCAAAUGCUCAUCUUGCAUUGAUGGAAGGAUCAGUGUUUCACUUCCCAGGCCCAAUGUGUCAACAGCAACAUCACCAGCCCAACAAUCUGAGCAAUAUGAUGCUCAAACAUCAGCACCUACUGCAAAUGAUUAACUUCUAGCUAGCUAGCUUCUGGGUUUUCGAUUCAAUAUCGUAGGCAAAUUGAUCUUUUCCGUUAUUUGUUUUUUGAUGUUUUGGUGUCCUUUUGCAUUUGCAAGACUCAGUCUUUGAAUUUUUGAAUUGCCUAGCUAGCUGAUUAGCUCUUCAGCUGUAUUUUACACAUAAGUUAAUGGCAGUUGCUACAUUUGCUUGAUCAUUGACCAAGUCAGGUGCUAUGUUACAUCAAUUUAAGCCACUGAAAAGGAAAGGGCAAUGUCUUUAGCUCUUAGAUUAAGUGAAGAAUAGGUGGAACUGGUAGCGAUCUUCAGCUGGUUUUGGUUUGAUUAAUGAACUUCUUCUUGUUCUUCUGCAAUUCAAUUCUUAGACUUGUGAGUUGCUGUGGCAUUAAUGCAAUGUGUGU